AUGAACAACCCAAUAAGGAACCCCACGCAACAGGCCUCCAUGCUUCUACAGAGCUGUUUAGCCAUUGUCGAGGACAGCAGGAACGAAGUGGGUGCCUUCAGGAGCACGCUCACUAAGCUAGGCGUCACGUGGCCGCACGUCAACAGCAAGAGCGAAGAGCUCACCGUAACGGCCGCGAGGGUGUUCGAGGCGUUUCGGAUCUCGCCGCUGCUUACCAUCCGCAAGAGUCAAACCAAGGCGGGCGAAGUGUCGCUCCUCAUCGAGCCUGGCGAUGCACUGCCAAGCUGGUUCAAGAUGCGGGCACUGCUGUUACAAGAAGGCACAUACCGCACCUAUUACGAACAGGCUGCAGCACUCUACGACAGCAACGCUACACCUACGAUGAGUUUCCAGGAUUUCAGCGAGUUAGAAAGUUUGCUCAUUCCGGCAUUGACGUCCGCUGACCGCAGUGAUGCCGAAGUUUUCGAACUAGACUCUACAGAGCGCCUCAGUUACUACCUAGAGCCUGACAGGUUCGCGCGCCUGCAAGCUUUUCUGAAAUAUGGUCUGGGACUGCCGUCAUCGACGAGGGUGCAAGUGCGCUCUGCGGACUACAUGAAACGUCUUCAGGGCUUAGCGAAGCACAUUGGUGAACAGCGCUUGGAGUUCUACCUGGGCUGGUGCGUGGUGCAGGCCAUGUGGCGAUUCGUCAGCAAACCAUUCUCGCAGCUUUGGUAUCAAAGCGUACGCUCCGCCCUGGACACUGUCGUCGAGCGACCCAGCCACGCAGACUGCAUCGAGUUGACCGAGUCGCUGCUGGGCUGGACUGUGUACGCAGAGUUCUCGAGGACCCACGUGGAAGCCAAAGCGCUGGACGACGUCGAUGAGAUAGCGCGCACCAUCGCUGCCGUCUUCAUCAACGAAGUAAAACGCGGUCGGUGGUCCUAUAUCGCCGAUCACAUUUCCUUCGCCAAGCGGGAUUUCGAGGACGUUCUCUUCCACGGCAAACGCUUCAACGAGCAAGCACUCAGCGACGUGUUCGACACGGUCGCCAUGAACGUUUCGUUGCUGCAGAACUGGAUGGCCGUUGCGAAGGCGAACGCACGCAUCCCGGAUGAAGAGUGGCGGGAGGUGUCCUCCAGCUACAUGAGGCAGCUCCGCGAGUCCAACGGCUACGCGUUCUUCGACUCCCAGAGGUCGGCUGUUCGCAUCCCUCCGCUCUUCCCCAUGCUGCCCCUGUACGACCACGACUCUACGGUGGCGGCCAAGUACGGAGCCAUCGGCACGGUGCUGGGGGCGGCCGCCGUACGACUCUUCGUGAGCCGCCUGCCCCACAACUCGGUCGCCCGCACGAAGAUCGAAGAGAGGCUCGCUUGCUUCGCUGUACCCCGCGCUUCGCCCGCGGCCCAGUCACGAGUCAACCAGCACGCAUAUCUCGCCGCUGCGGUCGACCUCGUCUGGGACGCCUUCGCGUCGGCAGACGCUCAGGCGUCAGUGGAGGCCGGAGACCUCAGCAACUACACCAGCGACGUGACGUUUUUCAUGGUGAUGUGCCACCUCCUGUGCAGCGUGCGCGCGUCACUCUUGGUCGAGUUCAGCUGCAACCAGGUCGUCAAAAACAGCCGCGCAUUCGCGCGAGUCUUCAACUGCGAAGUUGGCAGACCUAUGAGCCCUGCGAAAAAGUGCAAUUUUUUCUCGUACGCGUGA